AUGCGUGCCACUACAUUGUUAUCUUCGGUCAUCUCUUUGGCUUUGUUGUCCAAGGAAGUUUUGGCAACCCCUCCAGCUUGUUUGUUGGCCUGUGUUGCCCAAGUCAGCAAAUCGUCCUCCACAUGUAACACUUUGAAUCAGGUUUCCUGCUACUGUGAACAUGAAAACUCCGCCAUUAAGAAGUGCCUAGACUCCAUCUGUCCAAACAAUGACGCCGAUGCUGCCUACUCCGCUUUCAAGAGUUCCUGUUCAGAACAAAAUGCUUCAUUAGAUGACUCUAGCAGCAGUGCCUCUUCAUCUAGUAAGGCUUCUUCAUCCUCUACCAAGGCUUCUAGUAGUGCUUCUUCUACUAAGGCUUCUUCUAGCAGCGUUUCCUCUUCUACUAAGGCUUCUUCUAGUAGUGCUUCUUCUUCUACUAAGGCUUCUUCCAGCAGCGUUUCCUCUUCUACUAAGGCCUCUUCCUCCAGCAAGGCUUCCUACACUGAAUCUUCUUCUUCCACCAAGGUUUCCUCCAGUGAACAUGCCUCUUCCACCAAAGCUACCACUAGUGAAACUCACUCUUCCUCUGCUGCUUCUUCUUCUACUGUUUCUCAAGAAGCAUCAUCCUCUGCCCAACCAACUUCCACAGCCAUCAUUUCUACUUUCUCAGAAGGUUCUGGUAAUGUCUUGGAGGCUGGCAAAUCCGUUUUCAUUGCCGCUGUUGUCGCUAUGUUAAUUUAA